UAAGAUAAUGUAACAUAAAUGGGUUGGGCUUACGGCUGGAGGACGAUGAGAUCUGGUUCUAUUUCUGGAGCUGACACUGAUUUGCUGUGUGACUUCUGGCAAGAUACUCAGGAAUGGAUUUUGCCACCCUUCAUGGGGAAGAGCGGCAGGCUGGCACUUCGGGGCUGUGCCAGAGGUCCUGUUUGCAGAGCUGGGUCCGGCAGCGCUUCCUCGGUAAACUCUGGCUUACAGGUCUGCUGUGUCCCACCCUACCUUCCAGGAGGCCGACCUUUGCCACGUGCUGGCUGCUUGCAGCUCUCUUCCCACUCAUUUGCAGCAGCUGGAAAUCAGUGCUUCUGAACAUCCAAGGGGAACAAAUAGCGCACCCAGAGUCACGAGCCCUUCUAAAAGCCUGGUUCUCGGCUUCUGUAUGCUGAAGCAAUUCCUCUGCCACAAAACAGGACUUACUUUGUAGCUGAGAGCCACCUCUAAAUCUUUGUAAUGCAUGCUGAGACAUAUAAGCUUUGUUUGGGGCUUUGGUUUUCUGGUGAUUGGGGUUUUUUCUCCCAGGGAAGCUAUACUAUUUAUGCCUUGUUUUUAUACAGUUUGGAAACUUGGAGAAUGUGCACGGGCAGUAGCUGUUUAUGGAAGAGAACUGGCCUGUCUCUAUUAAUUUUGCAUGUUGUAAAUAGCAGAAGCAGUUCAUUUAUGUUCGUGGCUGUCCAGAGAACUCAGUUUUUCAAGAUAAAUUAGCAGCCCUGUGCAGAAGGCAUCCCAGUGCUUCCUUCCUUCCUUCCUGCAUGUUUCUGCUUGAGCUUAGAAAGACCUAUUUGUGAUGAAAUAUGGUAAGAAAAAGAUGCAGACUUGAAAUCUCUGAUUCUCAUAAAAAAAUAAAUUCACAAAGAGAUGCUGAAUUCAUUAUAGCCAAGGAAUCCCGACUUCCAGAAGCAGCAGAGUUUCUUCCAACCUUUAUUCUCUCAGGACAAACACUGAGUGUUGACAUCUUGCCAAUGUGAGAAGAUUGAUGUGCCCCUGUGAAUGAUUCCUCCAUCUGGAUUAAUGAGAAGAGUCCAUUGCUGCUUUCUAAUGAUGGAGUAAUCUUUUCAGAUAUAAAAUAUAUGACUUUUUAGCUGGUUCUUGGGUCACUUCUUGGCCCUGCUGUUAGGUCAGCAGACUGACUUGUUUUGACCACUCAUUCCAUGUGCCGCUACACAGCUAGUAAGAAAAGGUGUGGGGAAUAAAUAAUAUAUAUUGUCCAUGUCAGGGAAAACUUUCAACGGACCACUCCAGUGCCUUGCCAUUCCCUGUGCUGUUUCUUGGUCCAAGGAAAGCAAGAUGGCAAGAAAAAUGACUGAGGGCUAUAUGCAGUGCGUUAGCAGUGAGUUGGCUCUGAGGAAGGGGUUUAGGCACCUGUCAGUCCGACUGCAGUGGGGCUGGUGGCCUUUCCUGAGGCAAACUGCUUGGGGACCUCAGCUGCCUGUGCCUCCAGCUCCCGUUUUUGCCCCUGUGAGGAGGCAAGGCGGAUCCAUGCACGCAGGCAUCCAAGACACAAACAGCACGCGCUGGAAGCCGUUUCUUAAUAAAGUAGCAGCCUUGUGCUAGGAUUUAAGAAAACAACCGGCAGAUGUGAACGAUUUAUUUUUCCUCCCUCUUCUGCUGCGGUUUAUUUUUUCCUCUUGUUCGAGAGCGCUCAGCUGCUAACACAAACAAUUGCUGAAAUUCCACCUGCCCACCUGCAGCCCCUCCUUCCCGCCGCCUGCUCGGGCCGUCGUCUUCCUCCGGGAGGGCUGCGCCGAGGGGAAACUACAUCCCGCUUUCUUAGAGAGAGGAGGAGGAAGGAGAGGGAGGGGCCGGGCCGUGUCUGGGCGCAUUGUUCCGCGCUCCUCUGCCAAGAAGUAGGUGACUAUGAACUCAUCCCUCGCCCCUCGCAGAAAGUUUGCCGCCUUCCCCCCCUGCUCCCCUCCCCUCCCGCCCGCUGGCGCGGCAGGAGGCAGCUCGCAGCCCGGCGCUGGCCCCGGAGUCCCCGCUCCUGCUUAAUAUUCCGCCCGCUCCGCCGAUGUUGUGCUUGGCUCCGGUGGGACCGCAACUCACGGCGUGAAACCGGAGCCAAUUUUCUGUCUUAGUCUCGCAGUGUUUUGACUGGAGGCAGAUCCAGUUCAGUCCGAUCGGGGCUAGUGGAAACAACUACCUAAGUCUUCGCUGUCUGUGUCGUUUGGGAGGGAAGAAAGAAGAAAGGAACGAGAUCCCGGACUGCUGGGCGCGCUCUCUCUCUCACACACACACGCACCGCAGACACACGCACCCAGACAGGCAGACUCGCACCCCGCCGGUGCCGAGCGCGCCGUGCCACCGCCGCCGGGAGGAAAUGGGAAGGCAGUGAGCGGAUCCGUGCCGGUGCCGGCGCCCGCGAUGACCCUGGUGCUGCCCAUGCAGCGGCUGGGCCGCCCCAUCGCCGCCGAGGGAGCCGCCGACCUCGCCGCCUACCGCGCCCUCUGGGAGCCGCCCUGCUGCGGCCGCCCCGGCCCCGCCGCCCCGCCGGCCCCGGCCCCCAGCCCGCCGGCCCCCGGGCCCCCCGCCGCAGGAUCACAUUACAGGGGAAUUUCAAAUCCUGUAACAACAUCCAAGAUCACAUACUUUAAAAGGAAAUAUGUGGAAGAAGAGGAUUUUCAUCCGCCACUCAGCAACUGUGCACACAAAACAAUCUCCGUGUUUGAGGAGCGGGCCCAUAUCCUUUACAUGUCUUUGGAAAAGCUGAAAUUCAUUGAUGAUCCUGAAGUCUACCUGCGGAGAUCCGUCCUCAUCAACAAUCUCAUGAAGAGAAUCCACGGAGAGAUCAUCAUGCAGAACAACUGGUGCUUCUCCACCUGCUCCUUCAGUGGCACCUCCCCACAAGAGUGGUUUGUGUCUCAGGACUGUCCAUACAGAAAACGCCUUCGGAUGGCAAAGGAGGAGUACGAGAAGCUCCACAUGUGCUGCUUCUAUCAAGAAUGUGGCAGUCACUAUUUAAACCUACCCUACUCUGUUAAUGCUAGCACAGAAAGUAAUUCCUCUUUUUCCUCCUCUUCCUCCUCCUCCCCUCCCACUUCUUUGCCAAGCUGUUCCCAGCAGGUGGAUUACGAAGUUGGCAGUGCACCUUCUUACAGAAGCGAUGACCAGAUACCUGCUAAUGAAAUAUUCAUCACUAAUGGCAGGUCUAACAGUAAUCAGGAAAAGGCAAAAUUUAAUGAGGAAAAAGGAGGUAACGAACCUGAGAGAGAGAGCAUCGCCUUAAACUGUGAACCUGUAAGAGGCUCCCAUGCUCUUGAAUGUAAAGGCAAAUUUUAUGACUAUUUUGAGACUGGAUGUAAUGACAAGAGCAACGUAAGUGAAUCUUGGAAAAAAUCCUUAAGGAAAAAGGAAUCUUUACCAAGUAAUAAAAUCUGCUGCAACAAAGGAAGUAAAAUAUGAGGCAUCUUUCUUGCUCUAUUGAAGCAUGCACAGCAUGUUCCUUCUCUAUCAAAAUUUUUAUUUUGAACGGAUUUUUUAUAGUUUUCUACGAAUGGUACAAUCAUGCCACAAACAUGACGUGUAGAGUGGAGAGCAGAUUGCGUAAAGUGUCUCUGCCAUCCGCACCAGGGGCUAUUUAUAAAUGAGGAGACUUCAGAGAGAACACAGUUGCAUUGCUGCUGAGCACUGUAGCCUGUGCAGCUAUGGUGGAGCUUUCGUUGCUGAAAAUGCCAAUCAGCCAGAUGGGGAAAACAUAUCGUUUUACAUAUCCCCGCCCCCAAGAAGUCUGCCAUUAAUUAAGAAGAACCUCCAUUAUGUUUACCAAGGAAUUAGAAGUCUGGUAAACAAAUUGAUGCUACCAGCAAGGAUGAUAUGCUCCUUGUAACUCAGUAUUCGUUCUGACAAAGGACUGUCUUCAUGGAUUGGGAAUAAACCAUCCUUACGUUUUGUAGUGAUACUCUUGAAUUCCUGUAUUCAGCAUCUUGUUCAACUGACAAAAUAGGACAUAGCAUAAAGAAAUAACCUGUUUAUGGAAUCUUAAUCAGAAUCAAACAUGCAGCUCAAGUACUUGCAUGUUUUCACCUCGGCUGUAAUAACUAAUGAGGUUUGUUGUUACACAGGGCAGGUUUUUUUUUGGUGCCUUACUUUUUGUCUUAAUUUUUGCCAGUGUGAAAAUUAAGUAUGAAUCUGAUACAGCAGGGAUUUAACCUAAACUGAGAUUAAAAAAGAAACCCACGGGGUGGAUCAAUAUUGUUAGAAACCUUUAACCUUUGAAGUACUGAGUUCAACUUCCUAUUCAAACAUCUCUGUUCUUCCUUUUUGAUGCUCAAUUGCUUUUUGAUUUGCCAUCCUUAGGAAGGGAUUUAAGAAACAAUAGAGAGAUGUCUCUUGUAAACAAGCAUUCGAUGCUUGAGUGUUUCUAUGGCAACUGUCUGUUGCUGGGGCUCUUUUUUUUUCUUCUUCGUAUAAUGAAGUUCAUGACCUAGUGGCAUGUUUUAUACUUUAUUCUGUUUCACAUAAUUUCUCUCUUUUAGAUUGCAAAAGCAUGCGGGAGUUUUCUAUGACUUUUGCCGUUGAUUUAAAAAAAAAAAAGACAAGAAGGCAAAAAGCACAAUGUUAAUUAAUAAUGUGGUGAUAAACACAGUUUUAUCUGAAUGAAUGUAAGGGGUUUAAUGUUAAAAAAGAACAUUUUGGAGAUUUCAGUGGCUGAGGACAACAUUUAGUCAUCCCUUGGUAGAUUGAUUGCAAAAGUGUGCAGUGUAAAAUGCCCAGAAGACAUUAGUUGGGGUUGGACCAAGAGGGAGUCUUAGAUCCACCAAAUUAAUUAGUUCCCACAGUCCCCAUAACAACUGGCAGGAUGUGCUCAGCGCUGUAGCCACAUCCAGGCCACAGCUGACUCAUAAGGAGCUGCCUGUUCCCACAGCAUCUUGCACUCAAGUGACAUCUCCACUUGCUUCUUGCCCAAAGGGUGAAAAUCACCUCUGUGCUGGGGGAGCAGCCAGCUCGGUGCAGGGCAUAAGUGUCCCCAAGGGGACACAGCCCCAGGCUUGGCACUGGAGUCAGACAGGUCUCUGGGCCUGAGACCUCCUGCUUUGGGUUUCAUGGGUUCAGCUGGAGGAGUCCUGGGCCGUAGUUAUUUUGGGUAGCAAAAUACAUUUGCAAACUGUAUGGUCUUUCUCAGAAAGCCCAGUAGUCACAGAAAAAAGCUCCCCCCCAGCCAAGGUGACCACCAACACAACGGGAUAUAAAUCAAUGAUAACCUUUAUGAAGUCAGGUGACUUUAAACCGGUAAGUUUGUAAGGGUUAUCAUUGUGAAACAUGACAAAUAAUGAAACUACAAGUCCCACCUGAUUUCUCCAAGACAGAAGUUUUUUUAUUAAUAAUAAUAAUAAUAAUAAUAUUAAAUAUAGAUCUCAUUCAUACAGUGUAUGAGUAGGAUCAUCAUUUAGACAUUUGUCCACAAGGACCAAUUUUUUUAAAAACCUGAUUUUUCUUGUGUUAUAUCCAGAUAGCCUAGUAAUGUCUGCUCUUUUCCAAUAUUUGAUAAACGCUUGAUGUUUUAAGCUUAAAUAUUAGAUGCUUGUAUACUAAUGUGUUGUUGUAGUAAAGUGAAAUUUCCUUGAUAUAUAUUUAUUAAAAUGACCAAAAUUCAUUUUAAUUUUACCUCUCCAAUGGCUACUGGGUCCUUUCCCCCAUGUUCCUCUCCCUCACCAAAGAAAAGGACGUUUAAUCAAACUGCUCCCUGCUUAAGAGACUACACAGCAGUUGGCUGUGCACUUCAGGCUGGGUCUGGGAUUGAGCUCAGCCUUGCCAAGGUUUCAGGAGCACUUAGGACACUCUGAAAGUGCACUGAGAAGCAAUAGAUUCUCUGUAGACACGCACAUACAGCCAAGGAAAACACCUGGCCAAAUGCUGCCCAAACCACAAAUCAGCUAACACUUUUGGGGGGGCUGAAAGCUUUUUGACCCUAAAGGGCUCCUUGGUCUUCCAACAAGCCUGCACACAUAACCUAUUGCAGAGGCUUCUCAGUUGAAUUUGCACAAGCUGAAGUGAUAGAUCAGCAGAUCUUUGUCUACUCUGGCCUCCCUAAUGGUUUCUUUAGUUCCAGAGACAUCUGGAAAUUAACCCAUUAGAACUCUGGACAGUCUUACUGUCAUCAGGGUCUGUAAGGGAGGAAACGCCAUAGAAUGAAAGUUGGCCUACGGGUAAGUGAGUUUAUGCCUUUCUCUGGACCUUGCCUCACAAAAUGAUAGCAAAUACUGCAAGUAGAUGUAUUGGACUCAGGAGACCACUGAGUUAUCCUGCUGGCCUCACAAGAGACAGAGAUAUUCUGCAUUAGAGAAUGAAGGGGGAAACACCCUUGUCCCAUUCCCAGAAAUGCAAUAGACCUUGAUAGGAUUUCCAGGCUGGGCUAGACUGAAUGGACUUCCUAGUUCAAAUUCAAUUUGAUUUACGGUGUGUGAAGACUGUAAGCCUGAUAGGCCUUUUCCCCGCUGCACACUCCAGUGCUAAGGACAUUUUGCUAGUAUCAAAACUUCAAAAAAUAGUUCUUUUACAAGAUUAUAUGAAUGCCUUUCAUCCAUAUGUUGCCCACAUAACUGCUAAAUGAAUGCUCCUGAACUUGGUCCUGGCCUAUCUGCCAGAAGGACUGGACAGAAGCCCUUCUCUCUAGGAAGAUGGUUUUUCUUUGUUGUAAGACCCUUCACUCCUAAAGUGUAAGACCUUAAAGUACUGUGCCUUUCAGCACAUGCCAAACAGCAACAGAAAAAGAUGUUUCUGUUGUCACAUCAAUUUUGCUGUCACUAGGAACAGAAGUGUCAUUUUAUCUUCAGGAUCCAGGUAAUACAUUUCCCUUGGAGAAAUGCGGAGUUCAUUUGAGUUUUAAAAAUCAUAUUUCUCUUUCAAAGCACAUGGCAUAAUAUCAUUUUGCUUCAUUUAUACUCACUACUUUUGGUAAAAUUUUACUAUUUUUACUGUGUUAGCUAAUCUGUUGAAACAGCUUAACAUGGGUACUUAAGCAUCCUCAGCACUCAGACAGCCUCAGCUGGCAGUGAUGUGCAGUGCCAGCAGAGCAGCUGGUUCUGCAGGGAAAACAGACACAGCCUGAGCCACAGAAAUGAAGUGCUUCUUUCAGUCUCGAAGGUGUUAUGCCCCUAAGCAAAGCUGUGGCAGAGACUUCUUUCACAUUUCAUCUUCCUGCAUGCCCUCCAUCCUCCAUUUACACCCCUCAUCUACCAUCUGUCCUUUUGCAUCCGACCAUCAUGAUGACCAUGACAUGCUGCCAGGGUGCAUGGUGUGUGCCACCACCCUUCAGAUUUGUGCAGGGGAAGCAGGGAGCUGGUUCAGAGCCACAGCAUGAGCUAAAGCGGUAUUUAAACGAAGUAACCUGGUGGCUGCUCUAUGGAGCCUUGUGCCACUUGUGACCCCUCACACCUAAAUGACUUUCCCAGCUGCCUGUAGCUCAGAUCACCACUCCAGAGUGAUCUGGUGAUUAGAGAGUUAUGGCUGAAGCAAAGAGGUGAAGGUGAUUUCUAGCCUGCAUUUGACUUGUGUCCUUUCAUUGCCUUCUUGAGCUAAAGGCAUAGCGAGAGGUGUGGGAAGUGCAAAUGGCUGCUUACUCAUGCCAGGGACCUUGACAAAAGAAGUUUCUUAAGUCUUAUCACAAAAAAACCCCACAACCAAACCAGUCAGUCACAUCAGGGAAAGGUUUAAACUGCUGUUAGGUAAAGGAUUUCAUCUGGUGUUGUAUUCAGUGAAUGUAACUCUCAGGUGGAGGCCUCCCAAAGGGACCUGACCUUUUACAUUGUCCAUCCCUUGCUUUGCGAUCUCUAAGACAGGGGCUGCCCUUGCUUUCUGGAGGUCACCAUUUGGGCUCCUCAGUACUGGUAUGAGCUUUUCCACACCUGCACAAAGAACCCCAGAGGCUUUUCCUGGCAAGGUGUGCAGAGCUUGCUAAAAUAUCAUAGCCAGGGAAGUGUUUCAAAGGAUCCUGCUGGAAAUGUUAGGAGAUGCGAAUCUUCCACAAGGCAUCCCAUGUAACAGCCAAGCCGCUCAGUCACGACUACUUGGAAUACACAGUAAUUUCCUGUGUUUUUUCAAUCUCACUUAAACUUCUCUGACAGAUGGGGAAAGAUGACUAAACCAAGGGAGUUUACAAAAGUUCGUCUUGUGGUGUUUGCAAACUGUCUCUGUGAGGUCCAUUUUCUCUAAUGUAAACACAGCCGUGGCUGGGUGCCGAGUGCCUUUGCAGCAGCUAAGCCUACUCAGCUUAAGGCUGCUAAAACGAGCCAGCCGGUCCACUCCGGGGGCUGAACAUGAACCAGCCCUGGGGCUGAGGGGUGCUGGGGGAGACCUUCACUCUCUGGGCUUCAAACAGCAUGAAACAAAGCAGCUGUGGCUCUAAGACCAGACCAAAUUUACUAUGCCGGGUCAGAGGCUUUCCAAGGGGCCUUGGAUCAGGUGUGGAAGGUUAGAUAAAACUGCAGGGCAAUAAUCAUGUGAAAGCAACUGCCUUUGGAGCUGCAGUUGGCCUAUUGUUGCUCUCCCUAGUCUUUAAAUCACUGCCAGGAAGUGAAUGCACCUUGGGGAAAGUGAAGUUUCAGUUCCUUGGCUUUGUAAAAGUGCAGAGUACGCAAAGCUUUUUCACCAGCUCCAGCUGAAAGGCCAGGUAGGCAAAUAUUUUAACUUCUCUUAUUGCUCAAGUUUCCUUUGCUGAGGAAUGCAGGGAGUGUGAGGAGGAGCCACACAUGGGUGGUCUGUGUACACUCAGAAGUAUGCAUGAGCAGAGAACCCCAAACACCAACAAAACCCCCAAAGCAAAAAGAUAUUGAAUUUGAAAAGAAAUUCUUCUCAAUUAAUCCAGCAUCAUUCUCCACUUUACUGUGGAGAGCAUUUGUUCUGCCAUAAUGGGAUUGCAGCAGGAUAAUAAUUGGUCUGUCUGCUCAAGGUCAUUCCAUUUAUAGCUACCUCCUGCAGUGGUGCUUUCCUUGUGGAAUAUCCCACUAGGCUCAUCCUUCUGUGGUCUAUGUCUGUCUCCUGAAACAACUAGAGGCUCAGGUCUUGCAGAGGAGGAUGAUGGACUGUCUGUAGCUUGUGGUCUUCUCUCCUCCAUGAUACUGGCCUGUAGCUGCCACAGUUGCCCUCAGCAAGCUCAGAUGGACCCCACAACAUCCUUCUACCAUCCUCUCACUGCUUUAUAUUUCUAAUGGUGUUAAUGGUCUCUAGCAGUUUGCUGGCUGGAAUUUCAGAGAUUUUUGCAGUUGGGUGAUAGGUAAUGAGACCUUUAGCUGGCAUGAGAUGAUGCUGUGCUAUUGAUUUUUGGAGAAAUUAUGCCUGGUCCUAUAGGGUGACCACCCACACCUUUGAUUAUUGUUGGAUUUGUCUUCUUUCCUCAUUUUCUUACUCAGAAUAGGUUUUGAAAGACAGUCCCUCUCUUCCACCCCACAUUUUGUGGGACCGACUAGUCUGUAUUUACCUCUGUCAGGAAAAACUUCUGCCAAUGGGAGUUGAAGUUGUGCAGCAGAUUGUUUUCAAACCCUGUUUUAUUCUCAAACUCCAAAAUGGUUUGUGUCUGUUGGUGUAUGUGUAAACUCUGUGCUUUAUUCCUUCAUAAAUGCUAAAAGCCCUUGUAAUUAUUUUUUCCCACUCCAUCCAUUGCUUUUUCAGGGCAAAAUCCUCUGCACUUUGGGCUAUGAGUGGGUCCCACUAAGCAGACUCAUCAUCCUCAUAGUGAUAUGACUGCCAUGGGGCCAUUUAUUUCAUUGAGUACGGUAGUGUGGGUUUGGCUCAAAAUGAAGUUGCCCUUUAUCUUUCUUGCAAACCAUCAGACAGUGAAUAUAAAUCUAAGUGUAGCUCCUUUCUAAGUAUAAUGUACUUUCAGCAUUGUUUUCUUCAAACUUAUCUUCUGUGUCUCAACAAGAAUGGCUAAAGUCACCUGUAUUUCCCAGUUUCUGUUAAUAUUGUAAUUAGCAUUAUCCUGAAAAUAAAA